AUGUCGCUCACCCUCAAACUCUCCUCGCUCGUCAUUCGAACUCUGUCGAAACCAAUCGCCAACCAAAUCAAGGCACAAGCACGCGAACAUGAGCGAUUCCGACGAGUCUGCGUGUCCAUGGCGCAAGGUCUCCAUCGACUCGACAUGCGGCUCCGACUAGGCACCCUACGCGACACCGCCGCGUCGCAACGACGAGCACAGGCCGAGGCCGCGGUACGAAAACACAAACCCACCUCCCCCACCGUCAAGACCGAAGCAGAAGCCAAAGCCGAAGAAGAAGCCAUUGCACGAGCCAAAGCAGCAGCGGAAGAAGCGGCCAAACCCGCGCCGCGGCCGCAUAUUCGACCGCUAUCCGAAUCCAAAGCCAUCGAGUCCGGUGCUACCUUUAUCAGCGAGACAUUCUUGUUCCUCGUGGCAGGCGGUCUGAUUGUGUUCGAGUCAUGGCGGUCUCGGAGAAAGGAGACUACCCGCCGCGAGGAUGUUGCCUCCCGGCUCGCGGAGCUGGAAGAGUCUCAGAAGUCGGAGCGAUUGGCGUUGAUCGCCUUGGAGAAGGAGCUGCUGCAGCUCAAGGCUAAGCAUGGGGAGCUGACGAAGUCACCACAUCGCCUUCUACCGCGCGAAAUCUGGGAUGUCGAGCCGGAAAAGGAGGAGCCGGUUGAGGAGCCGAGUCUGUUCUCCCAAAUUUCCUCGUUUUUCUCCUUCGGACAGACCCCAGAACAACAGGCCGACGCGGUCAUCAAGGAAAGCAGGAAAGCAUCGAAGACUCCUGCUGGUGCUAAGGACGCAGCUCCUUCAGCUGAGACUCCUUCCAUUCAAGCCACGUCUGCAACGAAGGUUGAAAAGCAGUAA